CAUCGUCUCUGACUUUUCCCCCUUCUAAUCUCACCAUUUCUCUCUUUUCUUCAUCCUCCCUGCCUGCUUGUACUUCCCAUCUCAUAGAUCGGGGUGGUGCACUACGGUGUAAUCCACCCUUCUACCACUUCUAAAAUCGCAUUAUCUUCUUUCCAAUCCUACUUUGCGCCGUCUUCAUUCGCAUCUAAAUCACUUCAUCGACUCAAAUAAUCGGAUUUUCCAUCCGAACCUUCAACUUGCCUACUCGAACACUUCCGACUUCACACACCUCACGCGCUCAAUAUGUCUUCGGAUUAUUCUGACGACGACAUGCCUCUGGCACGUACUAACGGCCAACUCUCAUCUUCUACUAUCUCGAAGUCCGAAGACAAAGCCAUGGAUUCCCGUUCUUCCACCAAAGCGAAGCCCGCCCCCGUGUCCAUUCGCAAUGGACCAGUCAACGACGGUGCCUCACCCCAUAUGAACGGCAACGGAAAGCGCAAGUCGCGUGCUUCGAUCAACCAUGUGAACUAUAAGGACGGGUCCGAUUCGGAAGAUGGUCGACUGGCGAAGCGCCAAAAGAAAGUCAAGGUCGAUGAUUCCGAUGACGAAGUGCUUAGCAAGCGAAAAGGGAAGCUUCCACCUGCUGCCGAUGAAACUGCUAUGGCCGAAGAUUCCGACGACGAUCAGCCUCUGAAUGCCAAACUUGCUUCUAAAAGAAAGGCUAUCGAGAAGAACGCGGAGAAGGAUGCCAAGGCUAUCCGUGCAAGCGAGGCUAAAUCCAAGAAGCCUACUCCGAAGAAAGUCAUCAAGGAUGAGUCGGAUGACGACCUACCCUUAGCAGGUGCAAAGGGCAAAAAGCGACCAUCCAACGGCGUUAACGGAAAGGGCAAGGUCAAUGGGGUUAAGAAAGAAGAAUCAGAUUCCGAUGAGCCGAUUCGUAAAAAGCCUAAGACCGCUGCCGGCAAGACCACAGCCAAGACCGAAAAGUCCACUCCCGUCAAGAAGACACCUGCUAAGAAAGUUAAGAAGGAAGUGAGCGUAGAACCCGGUGGAGAUGCUGAGGCUGAGGACGAGGAGGCAGAGUACCGCUGGUGGGAUGCUCCCAAGAAAGAAGAUGACAGCAUCAAGUGGACUACUCUUGAGCACAACGGUGUCCUUUUCCCUCCGGAGUACGAACCUCUGCCAAAGAACGUCAAACUCAUUUACGAUGGUACCCCCGUCAAUCUCCACGUCGAGGCCGAGGAGGUUGCCGGUUUCUUUGGUGCAAUGCUUAAUUCGACUCACAACGUCGAGAACCCCACAUUCCAGAAAAAUUUCUUCAUGGACUUCACAGAGAUCCUUGAUCGAACAGGUGGCGCGACAGAUCGACAUGGAAAGAAGGUUCACAUCAAGGAAUUUGCCAAGCUAGACUUCAAACCUAUCUUCGAAUACUAUCACGCUAAGAAUGAGGCCAGGAAAGCCCGUCCAGCCGCCGAGAAGAAAGCUGAGAAGGCCGAAAAAGACAAGGCGGAGGCCCCUUACAUGUACUGCAAAUGGGACGGCCGUAAAGAGAAGGUUGGCAACUUCCGAGUCGAACCUCCUGGUCUGUUCCGUGGUCGUGGUGAGCAUCCUAAGACUGGUAAAGUAAAGAAGCGUGUUCUACCCGAGCAGAUUACUAUCAACAUCGGGAAGGAUGCGAUGGUCCCUCCGCCGCCCGAAGGUCACAAGUGGAAAGCCGUCCAGCAUGAUAACAAGGCUACAUGGUUAGCAAUGUGGCAAGAGAACAUCAACGGCUCGUAUAAAUAUGUCAUGCUUGGAGCUACCAGUGCCGUCAAAGGACAAAGCGACUUCAAGAAGUUCGAGAAGGCUCGAGAAUUGAAGAAGCACAUUGCAAAGAUUCGCAAGGAUUAUACCAAGGAUCUCAAGGCAGAAUCGAUGGCUGACCGUCAACGAGCUACCGCCGUGUACUUGAUCGACAAGUUUGCCUUGAGAGCUGGUAAUGAAAAGGAUACCGAGAACGAAGCCGAGACUGUUGGUUGCUGCUCUCUCAAAUACGAACAUGUCACGCUCCGGGAACCCAACACAGUCAUCUUCGACUUCUUGGGUAAAGACAGUAUCAGGUUCUAUGACGAAGUUACCGUUGACCGACAAGUAUUCAAGAACUUGCGAGUCUUCAAGAAACCCCCGAAGAAGGAGGGUGACGACAUCUUCGACCGUCUUACCACUACUCAGCUAAAUAAGCAUCUCUCGUCUUACAUGCAAGGAUUAACUGCAAAGGUCUUCCGUACUUACAAUGCUUCUUACACUAUGUCGAAUCUGCUCAGGGACUUGAAGGUUUCCAGUGCAACUAUGGCGGAGAAGAUCAAGCUGUAUAACGAUUGCAAUCGUGAAGUGGCCAUUCUCUGUAACCACAAGCGUACCGUUGGAGCAAGCCACGAAGCUCAAAUGGAGAAGCUUGGUGAUCGUAUCAAGGGUCUUAAGUACCAGAAGUGGCGGAACAAGAUGAUGCUCUUGGAUGUCGAUCCGAAGCAGAAAAAGAAGAAGGGAGCCGACUUCUUCGAGCAGGACCCAGAGCUCGACGAAGCUUGGAUUCUAGAGCACCAAAACUUCCUCGUCGAAGAGCAACGAACCAAGAUACAGAAGAAGUUUGAGAAGGACAACCAGAAGCGUCAGGAAGAUGGAGAGAAAAUCAUGCCUGAUAAGGAGCUCAAGGAGCGCCUUCAGGUUGCAGAUGACCUGGCAAAGAAGUUCAAGAAGGAGAAUAAGACUAAGAAGGUUGAGGCCGAAGGACGAGGCCCUACGGUCGAGAAAAUUGAAGGAAACAUCCAGAAGAUCGAAGAACGCAUACGAACCCUUGAACUCCAGGCCGCCGACCGUGAUGGCAACAAGGAGGUCGCUCUAGGCACCUCCAAGAUCAAUUAUAUUGAUCCUCGUCUCACCGUAGUCUUCGCAAAGAAGUUUGAUGUUCCUAUUGAGAAGUUCUUCUCUAAGACUUUGCGUGAGAAGUUCAAUUGGGCUAUCAAGUCGGUGGAGGACGACGACCAUUGGGAAUUCUAAGGAGGGUCUUGGAUCAUCCAUAUUCCUUGUAUUAACACAUACCCACCUUGUUGAUCGUUUACGUUUGAUUAUUUAAGACUAGACAAGAGAAACGGUUGGCAAGGUGAUUUGGGGGUGGGAUGGGGUUUAAGAUUCACUAAGGGGGCGAGAAAAAGGCAUGACCCUGCCACGAUCAACGUGCAUGAUCGGAUCGGACCAGGUAUUCAGCAUGGCGCGGUGCGGUGCAUUCUAAGGGGUAGUGAGCAGCCGGAUUGGCGACAGUUCGGAUCGAAACUUUGCGCGAGAUGUAAUCAUCUUAGGCAGAAGAAAUACAAAGCAAUGCAUUACUAAUUCCUAG